CUUUCUACCGAAGUUUGAGCCCGGCGCCUUGCCGUAGUGGCGUUGCCAUAGCGACGCGGCCUAGUCCUGGAAAGCGAGGCCGGGAAGCCUGGCUGAGGGAGAGCGAGGAACAAACACACAUUCCCAGUUGACGGGACCAUGUCUUUCCGCGACCUCCGCAAUUUCACGGAGAUGUUGAGGGCUCUGGGUUAUCCCCGGCUUAUCUCGAUGGAGAAUUUUCGCACUCCAAACUUCAUGCUGGUUUCAGAGAUACUUCUUUGGCUGGUGAAAAGAUAUGAGCCUCAGACUGAUAUCCCUUCAGAUGUUGAGACGGAGCAAGACCGGGUUUUUUUCAUUAAGGCAGUUGCUCAAUUUAUGGCAACAAAGGCUCACAUAAAGCUCAACACUAAAAAGCUAUACCAAGCAGAUGGCUAUGCAGUGAAGGAGCUUUUAAAGAUCACUUCCGUGCUUUACAAUGCCAUGAAGUCCAAAGGGAUGGAAGCCACUACUGUGGGUGAAGAGGAUACGGGGAAAUUCAAAUUUGACCUCGGCUCAAAAAUUGGAGAUUUGAAGACUGCCAGGCAGCUUGCUUCAGAAAUCACUUCUAAAGGAGCCUCUCUUUAUGAUUUACUGGGCAAAGAAGUGGAGUUAAGGGAAAUGAGAACAGAAGCAAUUGCCAGACCUCUGGAGAUAAAUGAGACUGAAAAAGUGAUGAGAGUUGCCAUCAAAGACAUUUUGGAGCAAGUCCAGAAAACCAAAGACAUGUUGAAUAACGUGGCUUCGGAUGAAGCCAGUUUGGAGGCAAAGAUCGAAAAGAGGAAAAUGGAGUUGGAAAGGAACCACAAGCGGCUCCAGACGCUGCAGAGUGUUCGACCAGCCUUUAUGGAUGAAUAUGAAAAAAUUGAGGAGGAACUGCAGAAACAAUAUAGCUUCUACUUGGAGAAAUUCCGCAACCUUACGUACCUGGAGCAGCAACUCGAUGACCAGCACCGAAUGGAGCAGGAAAGAUUUGAGGAAGCGGAGAACACCUUACGGCUGAUGCAAAAUAAGCUGAAGGAGGAAGAGAAGCGCUUGCUGAAGAGUGGAAGUAAUGAUGACUCAGACAUUGAGAUCCACGAGGAUGAUGGAUCUGACAGUGACAUUGAAGACAGGCAACUAAUGAAGCAGCAUACCGCCAUGGAGAUGCUCAUGCAAGGGAGGCCAAGCAAGCGGAUUGUCGGAACGAUGCACGGCGGAGAAACCGAGGAUGAUUUUGGGGGAGCCCGUGCCCAAGGCAAUAAACGUAGAGCUUCCAGAGCCAAAGCGAAGGAGGACUCAGAGGACAGUGAAAUUGAUCUUGAUGACGACGAUGACGACGAUGACGACGACGACGAUUUGGAAGACGACAGCAUGGACAUUUCUCCAAAUAAGGCCAGUCGAAGAAUCAGGAAGCCUGAGCCGUUGGAGGAGAGUGACAAUGAUUUCUGAGAAGGAAGGAAAGAGCCAAGACAUUUUGGGGUACCAAAUUAUCUUUGUUAGAUUGUGAAAUCUGCACUGUGAUGACAAGUAGCGAUCGAGAGCGAUAGAACAUUGAAAUGCUAUAGUGCCAAUGAUUUAAACAUUUUCAGCAAGAGGUCUACUGUUAAAUCAUUCGAGAGCAAAGAGCAAGGAAGAAAGAACUUUUUUUUUUGAGAUAAAUUCCAGUUUUCUUUUAAUGUAAGGAUAAAUUAACACUUUGACUUUUCUAUCCUAAACUUCAUUCCAGAACAAAACACCAAGUGCCUGCAAUGCUUGAGAGAAAAGAAGGAACUGUAGGAAUAUUACAUUUGUUGUGAAACCUCAUAGUCCAUAUUUCAUAUACUUCCCCUUUAUUGUUACAACCAAAUUUAAUCUGCUUUCCUAAAUUAAGUUUUUAAACAGAUGAGCCAACUGUGCCCCAAGGAUCAUAACACUCUUCAAAGACCGUGGCAAGUCCCUUUUACUGUGUUUUUUGCAUCAGGAUAUGCUUUUGUAAAUCCAUGAGGAGCUAACUUGCCGUUUAUUUCAGGAUGAAGGGAAUGGGAUUGAGAGAGCAUUUUACAUUUCGGAAAUGUUUUCAUGGUAAAAUAGGAACAUUUCAGGGCCGUUGCCCUCAGGCCUGAGUUACCUGUCGCACAGAUUUAAAGCAAAUUUGUUUACAAGGAGAAAUGCAAAUGGUGUGAUUCCAGGCCUGGCUGCAUCUCUUCGUGCUCACUAGCCUUAUGCGCCAAACACUCCCUCCCUAACUUCUUUUUUCGGAUGGUAAACAGCAACAAUCCAGUCUAAUACCAGCAAAGGUUGAGAUCUGUAUUAAGGAUUCUUCAGACAGUACUCUGAAUGUUUUCUUUGACUGUGACAUUUCUGUUUUUCACAAAUAAAUGUGGUUUUAUCCCCA